AUGCCUGACGUUUCUAUAUUAUCAACUACAUCUUCUAAUGAAAAAAAAUUAUUGAAACUACAGUUACCUGACUUACCAAGCACACUGGAUCAAGUGAAAGAAAGUUUGGAGCCUUUAUAUUAUACCGAUGGAUAUUAUAAACAUCCUUUGGAUCCUGGACAAAUCAAUUCUUUGAAUGAUUCUCUUUCCACUUUCCAAAACUCAGAUGUCGCUAAAAAAUUAACUGCCAAAUUACAAGAGUUUAAUGAAAAAAAUGAUUGUUAUCUGGAUAAACUUUAUUUAGAUAUCAACAAUAAUUAUAAUAAUAACCAUAAUAAUUGUAGAAAUAUUCCUAAUGAUAUUUUACCAAGAAAUCCAUUUCUAAUAUUAAUGGAUGAUGUGGUUCCCAAUAUCUCUCAAGCAGAUUAUUCUGCGGUAUUGGUGAAUUCUUCUUUAAGGUUCAUAUCUGCUUUGAAAAAGGGAAUUUUACCUCAGGAUACUUCCAAGAAUGGUGAGAUUUUAUCGAUGGAAGCAUAUUUGAAUCUAUUUGGUACCACUAGAUGUCCAAUUUUUGAAAAAGGUGAAAUUGAGAAUUUUGAUUUGAAUAAAAAAUUUAAUGAAUCAGAUAUUGAAGUUGAUGCUGAUGACGAAGAUGAAGUUCCCAUCAGUGAUGAACAUGAUGAUGUUUUCAUUAGCACCUCUGAAUGCAAUGAUGAUACAGAUUUGGAUUCUCCUGAUGAUUGUAUCGGAACAAAGACUGUAAAUACUUUGGAUGCAGAUGUCACCCUAAGUAAAGGUGGGAACAAUGUUGAGAGUAGUAGCAAAUUAAUUAACAAGCAUGGUAUUACCAUGAAACAAGAUUUAGAUAGUAGACAUCUAGUGGUCUUAUCAAGAGGUCAAUACUAUAAGAUCGAUGUUUUGGAUGAAUUUUUUGAUAGAUUAUACACAACAGAUGAUUUGGCAGCCAUCUUUAAAUCCGUUCUAGAUGACUCAAGUUCAAUAGAGUCAUUGGAAAAAUCCACUGCCUUGGGUAGUUUAACUUCUCAUUCUUAUAAAAAUUGGAAAUAUGCAAGGAAAAGAUUAACCAAAAGAUAUCCAAACCAAAUGAAAAUAAUCGAUUCUGCUUUAUUUAUUUUAGUUCUUGAUGAAUCAACAAAGGAACAAACAAAACAAAUUAAUUUUAAAAAUAAUAAAAAUCCAAAUAAAUAUACAAUCUAUAAUGAAUCUAAUGAAUGUAAAAGAUUAUUUUAUGGGACUUCCAUAAUUAAUGAAAAGGGGCAUCAAAUAGGUUCAUGUGUCUCUCGUUGGUAUGAUAAAUUACAAUUGGUCAUUACAUCAGAUUCUCAAGCUGCAGUAAUUUGGGAUUCCUUUACAUGCGACGGUUCCACAGUUCUUAGAUUUUCAUCUGAUCUAUACGCUGAAUCUAUUCUUAGAUUAGCAAGAGAAGUCAACGGGGGAGAUCAAAGAUUUUCCCUAUGGCCAAAUAUUAAAAACCAAGUUCCAGGACCUACUCCAUUAUCUUUGGGUACAUCAUCAUCAUCAUCAUCAUCAUCAAUAUCUGAUACAUCAGCAACAAGUCCCAAAUUAAAUAAAUUAGUCCAUAAGAUUGAUUGGCAAUUUAGUAAUAUUUUGAACACACACAUACAUUUAUCUGAAACCAAAUUAGCUGAUUUAAUUUCCAAAUAUGAUAUCGUUCAUGUUUCCAUCCCCUAUGGGAAAAGAUUAGCCAAAAAGUUGGGUGUAAAAUCUGAUGCCAUGAUUCAAAUAGCUUUACAAAUUGCACAUUAUGCUCUUUAUGGUAAAAUGGUAUUUGGUGUAGAACCAAUCUCGACUAGGGGCUUUAAAAAUUCAAGAGGUGAUUUAGUUAAUAUUCAAAAUAAAGAAUUGCUAAAAUUAUGCCAACUUUUCAUUUCAAAUUCAAUAGAUGAGACAAGUAAAUUGGAAAACUUCAUUGAAAGUUGUAACUUACAUAGUGAAAAAAUUAAAUCAAUUAAAAAAAAUGGUGGUUAUGAAAAACAUUUUAAUGCAUUGAAAUAUUUGUUCAAAUAUUAUAAACAAUUUAAUAUUGAUUUAAAUAAAUCAGAUCUUGCAAUUGCCUCGGAAGUAUUUAAUAAUGAAGUAUUUGAUCCAUUCUUUACUCCUGAAUUAAUUGUAUCAAAUUGUGGUAGCUCGGCUACAAAGAUGUUUGGCAUAACUCCAGAGAUUGCUAAUGGGUUUGGUAUUGGUUACAUUUUGAAAGAUGACAAAUGUGAUUUGACAGUUACUUCUCAAUUUAGACAAGGUAAUCGUUUAAUUUUCACUUUAGAUUGGGUCUUGGGUGAAAUAUAUAAUUAUUGGAAAAUCAGUAAAUCCAUUACAGGUAUUAGAAUCAAUCCUUUAGUGGAUAGAUUAUACAAUUUGGAUAAUGCCAAGAAAGUUUCAAAUAAGGAUCCACAACCUAUAUCUGAUUCAAUAAUUAGUCCUAAUAAUACUAUGAUCAAUUUAACUGAUGAAAUGAAUAGAGUUAGAGUCAUUAAUGGUGGUUAUGGAUUUUUCGAUUUGGAAGCACAUUUGGAUAGUAGAAAUAUUUCACAUCAUAAUUCCAAUAAUAAUUCAUGUACAUCAUUAAAUAUGUUGAAAAAAACAAAUUCCAAGACUAUCUUUAAUUUAUCAGAUAAAGAUAAAAUAAAUACAGGUCAUCAAAUAAUAUCGAUCAAGCCAGAAGUUGUUAGUGAUGAUCCUGAUUUACCAUUUAAUUCCAGACCUGGAACUAAAAGACAAAAUGUAAUUAACUCAAAAUUCGAAAUUGAUUUUGAUCGUGGGUCAGUGGGAAGAAAAGUUUCAUCAAUGUUUGAAUAA